CUUCAACAUCUCAACCAGACACACACCUUCAAUCCCGUGCUUAUCCCAUCCAUCUUCAUCAUCAAUGGCUUCCACCAACGCUGAGAAGAACGGUGUUCCUCCGGGAAAACCGGUGUCAUUGGGGUCUCAAAUGCUGGACAAAGGAGCUCAGAUGCUACAGUCACUCACACCCAUCAAGCAAAUGAGUCAACACGCCUGUACUUUCGCCUUGUACAGCCAAGACAUGUCUCGUCAAAUCGAGACUCACCACUUUGUCACCCGAAUCAACCAGGACUUCCUCCAGUGCGCCGUCUAUGACUCCGAUGACUCCUCCGGACGACUCAUUGGAGUCGAAUAUAUAGUCUCUGAUCGUAUCUUUGAUACUUUGCCCCCUGAUGAACAGAAACUAUGGCACUCUCAUGCCUACGAGAUACAAUCAGGAUUGUUCGUGCACCCGAGGGUGCCCGAAACAGUAGCGAUGCCGGAGCUCGAAAAUCUGGCUAAAUCAUACGGAAAGUUUUGGUGCACUUGGCAAACAGAUAGAGGUGAUAAGUUGCCAAUUGGGCCACCAUCGUUGAUGAUGUCGCCCCAAGAUGAUAUACAAUGCAUGGUGAAGCCGGAGUUGGUGAAGAAGAGAGACGACAAGUACAACAUAUCGACGAAUGCGAUAUGCGGGUCGAGAACUGAAGUGAUGGGGCCGGGGAGGUUGAACCCCAUGGCUGAUUACUGGAGAGAGCACAACAAGUGUCUUGCUGUUGAUGUUGAAAACACAGAGAUGAAAAAAGUGACCGUAUUUCCAUGAGUUUGUAUAAGGUGGUAGUAGAUGGUGAGAAGAGGCGUAAGAUAUGUAAGUAGUGGAUGUAGAGUAUGUUGUAUUUGAUUGUUUGUAGAGUCGAGUUAAGUACACACUUUGGAUACAUUUGAAUAAAUCUACACCGUUUAUGUGUAAUAUUCUAUGGCUAUGGAGUCGAGAAAAUUGUUGGAA